ACACUGCUGAUGUGCCGUAAGUUUGCAAAGCUUGGAAAAAUAUAAUUUCGGAUGUGGUUCUCUAUCAAACUUGAAUGGAAAUAGAGAAUACCUCCGAGGUGUUGAUUUGAUACCAGCGUAGUUACAACAUACUGGAGUUGAUGAACCAAUUAAACUGAGUUUUGAAUACAAUUUGCCAAAGACAUACAUGCUUUUCGUGGGUUCGAGGAUUAAUAUGUUUUUUAGACUAUAAAAUUGAUAAGACUAUAAAAUUGAUAAGCUUUACAUAAGUAACCCUCUGGUAGGCAAUUUUUUUGCGGUCCCAGAGUUCCUUUCAAAAUCUCAAUCGAAAUCAGCAUAUUGUUUCGGUAAUAGCCCUGAUCACAUUUCAUUAAAAAUUUUAAGGAUAAAAAAAGAUUGCGCAACUAAGUCUAUUACAUCUAAGAACUCGAUAGUGGAGCUCUACACCUUUGGAAUGGGUGACUGGAAGAGAAUAGUUAAUGCUCCGUUUCCACUAGACAGUAACAGUAGCCGUGGUGCUACUGUCUAUGGCAAUCUACACUGGAUAAUUGAAGAUACUAGAGUCAAUGAUUUUCUAUUCUCCUUUGAUAAAGAAUAUGGAGUGAACAGCUCAUGGACUCAAGAUUACAAAAUCCAUCGACCCAUCCUUCCCCAUUAGCUGCGGCCUGACAAAAACAUUAGUUUUCGAAUUGUAAGAUAUCAACCAAUCACAAUGUGGAGGGAUGAAAUUUUGUUUUCAGCACCGUCUUUGAUAUCUUACAAUUGGACAACUAAUGUUUUUGUUGAGGUCAACAUAACCGGUAUGCAUUCAGGUUUUCAAGGAUUUGAAUACGUUUCGUCAUUUCUCUCACUCAAGGAGCUCCCAGGAGAUGAAUCUCAAAAAGUUGGGAUCUUUGCUGUGAGGAAGAAGGCGAUUCAAGUUUUAUUUCUAUAAAUUUAAGGUGAAUUUAUUCACCCAACAAAAUUACUUGCAUAAUUUUGGCUAGUCAACAUUUAAUGCUCUCUCAGACAACAAAGUUAGAGGUGCUACACUGGUUAUUUCUGUUGACGGUCUCAAUUUCUCAAAGGAUGCCAUCCAGAUUAUAAUUAAGAUGUCAGCUGCAAAGCCUGCAAAUGGAGUAAGACAUGUUUGGGUUGGUCAGAAUGGGCUCUCCACUCCUGCUAUAUCAGCUGUUAUACGUGAAAGAACUGGUUCGGAUGGAUCCAAGGCAACAGGAGCAUUCAUUUUGACAGCAAAUCAUAACCCAGGUGGUCCCAAUGAGGAUUUUGGAAUUAAAUGCAUGGCAAAUGGACCUGCACCAGAGGGAAUUACUGUUAAGAUCUUUGAGAACAGAAGAACAUUUGAGGAGUACUUGAUGGCUGAUGGCCUGCCACAUGUGGAUAUCUCUGCAAUAGGCAUAACAAAGUUUGCUGGACCAGGGGGGCAAUUCGACGUUGAUGCUUUUGAUUCACCUAGUGAUUUUGUGAAAUUGAUGAAGUAUGCUAUCUUCACAGGAUCAAACCUAUAAGUUCUCACUUUUUAAUGGGAUAUUUGUACGCUGUAAUGCAUAUGGUAAUUGUCAAAACAUUAUUCAUUUUGGCUAAAGCACAAAUGAAUGGUAGCCAAAUACUGUAUUAAAGUAGGUUAAUUUCCUACCAACCUGAUAGGCCAAGGGUGAAUGGUGGGAUGUGCCAUAUCCUUGCACGAGACGACCCACGUAGAUACAGCUAUCCUUUUGAGUUAUGUGCUUGUAUAGCGUUGUUCAUACAUCCCUAUAUCAUAUUUUUUGGGCUCAAAAAAUACCUUUGGGUUAUUGGAAGCGUAGUCUUCAAAUUAUGAAUAGAAAAUUGAUUAAAUGAU